AAACUGAGAGCAGAAUUUGGAUAAUAUUCUGUUUGGUGUUCCUCAUAGUUGAUGUGUUUAUGGAGUGAACAAUGUGAACAAACGAACCAAAAUAUUAUUAUAUGAAUCGGACUACAUCAUGUCUAGUGCACUAAAGAGAAAGAUAGCGAGGAGGAAGCAUAGAGACGAUUCAGAUGUUUUUCUGGAGGACGACCAUCGAAGAGACGGUGAUCGGCCGGACCUAACCAAAGGCUUCUUCCAGAAGUACCUCAGCCGAUCACUGCAGAACUUGGAGGAUUUGUACUGUUUAGAUGAUGAUGGUGAAGUUGAACUUGAUAGUCAAUCUGUGAUUUCACUCCCAUUGACGGCUACCACAGUCACAGACAAUGAAGGAAGUGAUUAUGAGCAAUAUUUUGCAGAACCAACUCAUCAGCCCAAGGUAGCCCAAGUCCUUCCUAAUAACAACCAGCUAGAUAAGCCCAGCCACCACUCACCUGGACCUAAUGGGUAUACCAGUAGACAUGGGAACCACCCUAGAUCUCCACACAGAGACAGGCAGAUGAGCCCCAGAGCUCGCAUGGGUGACGGGAGUGAAGACGUUACGACCAUGACGGACGGUCACGACCCCGCCCUCGUCUAUAGCGAUCCAAAGAUAUCCAACCUUGAUCAAGACGAUAUGUUCCUCCCUUUGGACUGGGACCACACCCUCAAUGAAACAGACAUGGUUCCUGAUACCACCCUGAUGGAGAAGAACCCCGCCCAUCGGUCCCCGUUGUCUCAUCAUUCCCAGCUCUCCUCUUACUCCAAGGUGUCUCAUCAUCCCUUAACCAAGAGCCCUCGUCAGUACUCCGGUGCCUAUGGAGACUCCGGUUACUGCCCUCCGGACUAUUCCAAGUAUCCUGGUCCUUCCGAGUCAGGUCCAGGAUCCAGGGCUCCGGGAAAUCCGGUCCCGUUUCACACCAAGAUGAACUUGACUCAAUGGCAGCAGAACUUAGACUCUCAGUUCAGUCUGCAGCAGCAGAUGCAGCACCUCCAACUCAAUCCUGCUUACCACCCCUCCGGCAGGAGUGGAACAGGCCAUGAUAUGCACAGGCAUGCUGCAGGGGCGGGCUAUCCUAUGGGAGAUUCCAAUUUCAGUUAUGGGCCGGUGAUGAGCUCAGAGCCAACCAAUUUGGAGGGACUGAUUAGGGCCAAGGAAAGUAUGCUCCAUGAGAGGAAUAUCAUAGUUGAAAGGCAAAAGCUAGAGAUUGCACACUUGAGGAAACAGAAUGAUGAGCAGGAGAGCAUCGCUAGGCAACGCAUCUAUACACGAUCCAGGGAUGAAGGGGAUAUGCUCUUUCUCAAGAUGCAGGAGUACCAGUAUGAGAUAGCCUCCCUUAGAGCUCAGCUGGCUGAGGUCUCUACUGCUAAGAUGGCUGAGGGAGAUCAGCUUAGCAGAAAGUUAGGGGAGGUAGAGGAAUCGCAACUCACCAAUGAAAUGACCAUCAAUGAACUCAAAACAAAGUUGAAGCUGAAGGAGGCGGAGCUACAUGAGGUCAAAGGUCAACUGCUGCAUAGUAAGAAGGACUAUGACAAGCUGAAGAAGAGACUGACUAAGAUAGAGAGAUACAUGCAUGACUUGCCCACAGCUGAGGAGUACAAGGAGAGCUGUGAUACUAUCCAGGAUUUACGCCAGCAGGAAGGGUUACUACGGGAACGCAUCGUCAGUCUGGAGGCAUCGCUUUCAAAGGCUAAACAGAAGGCUCAUAGAAGCAAACAGGAAUCAACCGAUCUUGAGGAAAAGAACCUCACUCUAGAGGCUGAGAUGGAAAGGAUGAAGAAGGAGAUGUCUAAACUACAUAAAGCAUUGGGAUCUAAUGAGACUGGUGACCCAACUGAUCUUGAGCUAUGCAACAGGGAAGAUCUUGAACAACUUAGAGAAGAGAACGAGAGACAUUCUUCAAGUGUGGAACAUUUGAAGAAAGUAAUAGAUAGCAAGCACAGACAUCUUCAGAAGGUGCAGAGUGAACACCAGAGGGCGCUAGAGGAGAUGGAGUCACGUCUCAUGCAGGAGGAAGGAGUCAUCACAGCGCUGAGGGUGGAGCUCAACAACAAGGAUUCGGCUUUACAAGAUAUGACCAGAUCAAUGAAGGAUCUUGCGUCACAGAGCCAGGAGCUUUACGGCCACAAUCUCUCCCUUCAGGAGAGUGUCCAGGGCCUUGAGAAGCAAGUCUCUUCGGACAAGGCUCGUUUCACCGGUCAGUUGGUCAAGGAGCUGAGUCUGUGUGUCCAGGAGCUUCAGAGAUUAGUGGAACUCAUAAAUCAGAGGGCCGAGGGUCAGGAGCCAAAUGUCUCACUGCUGCUAGGAUUCAGACCAUCAUCGACCAUGUCGUUCGACGUCGAUGAGUACGACGAGUCGGGAAGUGAAGACGUGAUCCGAGCCAAGCUGACACAGGUGCAGAAGCUCAGGGGGGACAUCGACCUCAUACGCAGUCUCAUCUCGGAUAGAUACGCGGAGGACUUCGGCUCCAACUGCAUCACACAGUGAAGAAAAAGAGUAGGGUCUAUGCAUUCUAAAGUGUCUUCUGUACGGAGCUGAUGUGGUAUAUUCUGUCUCUGGCAGGGAACAAAUUUGGUACAUUCCUAGGUAUGUUGUGACGGUGGGCCAAUUCAAGUGGAGAUAGAGGCUUUUCUUUAUUGCAUUCCAAAUGAGAAUCAAACGAGAUUUAGAGCUUCUAAGUUGAGACGUAAUGUAUGGGAGGAGAAGAGAAUAAACAUAACAAAUAUAU